UUGACAUAUUUGAAUUUUGAAAUGUUGUGUAUUGUAGAUUAUGAUUUAUCCUUUAGAAAAAAAAUUCUUCAACUUUAAAAUCUUUAUGUUAUUACCAUUUACGAGUUACUUUCGAUACCGUAAUGUAUAAUUUAUAGCUCUACCCGAUAAAAAAGAAAAUAUAUUAUUAGUGCCAAUAUAAACUAUGAGUAUGGAAAUCGAGACGGUAAGACCCAAAAAAAGACAUGUCAUAUGCAUGGCCUCCGAUUUCUUCUUUCCAAACACAGGUGGGGUCGAAGAACAUAUUUAUAAUUUAUCGCAGUGUCUGAUAAAGCGGGGUCACAAAGUAGUCAUAAUAACCCACUGUUAUGGGAAACGAGUUGGUGUCAGAUAUCUCACUAGGGGGCUAAAGGUUUAUUAUUUACCAAUUACUGUAUUUUACUCUCAAUGUGCUCUACCAACUAUGAUUUGCAACAUAGCUAUUGUCCGUUAUAUUUUAAUAAGAGAAUCAAUCGAAAUUGUUCAUGGACAUUCGGCUUUCAGUGUUUUAGCACACGAAGUCUCUAUUAUUGGUAAAUUGAUGGGCUUGAAAACUGUUUUUACAGACCACAGUUUAUUUGGCUUUGCCGAUAUGUCUGCAGUUUUGACAAAUAAAUAUCUACAAAUGUGUUUGUGUGAAUGCGAUCAUUGCAUAUGUGUUUCACAUACUGGUAAAGAGAAUACUGUGUUAAGGGCCAAAGUGAAGGCUUUCAAGGUGUCUGUAAUACCGAAUGCUGUAGAUGCAUAUACAUUUACACCUGAUCCUAGCCAAAGAGAUCCUAAUGUUGUGACAAUUGUGAUUAUAUCUAGAUUAGUAUAUAGAAAAGGAGUUGAUUUAAUGGCAUCCGUGAUAGCAGAAAUAUGUCCGAGAUACCCAAACAUAAGAUUUAUUAUUGGAGGAGAUGGUCCCAAAAUGUGGUUGUUACAAGAGGUCAGGGAACAAAAAGGACUCCAACAUUGCGUUACACUGCUCGGUAGUUUAAAACAUUCCGAAGUUAGAAAUGUACUAGUCAAGGGAGAUAUAUUUUUAAAUACUUCUUUGACUGAGGCAUAUUGUAUGGCUAUAGUUGAAGCUGCUUCAUGUGGUCUUAAGGUGGUGUCAACUAAAGUUGGAGGAAUACCGGAAGUAUUGCCACUGAGCAUGAUCUAUCUAACCGAACCAAAUGUACCAAGCAUAAUCAGCGGAUUAGAAUCUGCAAUGAAAGACUUAAAGGACGGCAACUCCCUAUGUCCAUACAAAUGUAAUAAAAUGGUAAGAAGCAUGUACAAUUGGAUGGACAUAACGAAAAGAACUGAAAUUGUGUAUAACAGAAUAUUGUCUAACAAAAAUAAACCAUUGGGGCUGCAAUUAAAGAGCUAUCUUAGUUGCGGAGUUUGGCCUUUUCUCCUAGUGAUAAGCCUAAUGUAUUUAUUACUGCAACUAGCUGACAGAAUAUAUAAGAGGAAACAUAUUGACAUAGCAAAAGACUUAAGAGUAUAAAUUAAAAAUAUGUAAAUAUAUACAGUCUUGUACAUGUUAUUCUCACCAAAGAGUUAUUAUUAGAAAUAAGUCAUAAAAUUUAAAAAUAAAAUAAAAAUAAAAAACAUUGUUUAUGGAAUGACAUCUCUUUAAUACUAUGAUCAAAUAAACAGAGGUCGCCCUCACAAAUUAAAGCCAUGUAGCUGAACAAUUUAAAAUAAAAAGUUUCAAUAAAUAACAUUUACCACAAA